AUGCCGUCCACGGGUUCAGUGCCCGCGUUCUCCACCGCAGUGAGCAGCCCGUACCGGCAGUACCCCUGGUCCGGUAUAAGUCACGUGCUCUGCUGUAUUGGGUUGGAAGACUUUUCUAUAGGUGACCCUUCUGUAACAGAGGAGGAUACAGAUUCAGCUAUCUUAUAUGGAACUUUGCGAGGAAGUGUUGUUGGCUUACGAUACUACACGGGGAUUGUUCAUAACAAUGAAAUGGUUGCACUUCAAAGGGAGCCAAAUAAUCCUUAUGAUAAAAAUGCAGUGAAAGUAAAUAAUGUGAAUGGCGACCAGGUAGGCCAUAUAAAAAAAGAGCUAGCGGCAGCAUUGGCAGGCAUUAUGGACAACAAACUAGCAUUAGUUGAAGGGGUUGUCCCUUAUGGAGCAAAAAAUGCCUUUACCAUGCCUGUACAAAUGAGCUUUUGGGGAAGAGAAGAAAACAAGGAAGCAGUGCUAGAUCAGCUAAAAAAGCAUGGAUUUAAAUUGGCUCCUCCUCUGAAAGGUUCAGAAUGUGGUUUUGGAUCAAAGUGGAUUGCUGGGAGAGCUGGUCCAAGUUAUAGUGCUCCAGUUCAUGCUGCUGUGCAGUUGACAACUGAACAGCUUAAAAGUGAAUUUGACAAAUUGUUUGAGGAUCUGAAGGAAGAUGAUCAAACUUGUGAAAUGGAAGCAACAGAGGCUGUUGGCACACUCUUGCUUCCCCAUCAGAAGCAGGCGUUAGCUUGGAUGGUUUCACGUGAGAACAGUAAUGAUUUGCCACCAUUUUGGGAAGAGAGAAGUAACUUAUAUUACAACAUACUUACAAAUUUUGCAGAAAAGCAGAGACCUGAAAGUGUUCUUGGAGGAAUACUGGCUGAUGACAUGGGACUGGGUAAAACGCUUACUACUAUUGCAUUGAUUCUUACAAAUUUUCAAGAUGGCAAGCCUCUUCCUUUAGAAAAGAUCACAAGUGAUGAGUUUUACAAGGAAUCUGGUACUAAGAGCAUGAACAGCGUUGGACGCAGACUACGUACCACUAGCAUUCAGUCAGUUGACAAGAGAUACUCUGAUGAUGGCCCCAGAGCAACACUGAUUGUAUGUCCACUGUCUGUCCUAAGCAACUGGAUUGACCAAUUUGAACAACAUAUCCACCAAGAUUUUAGUGUAAAUAUUUAUGUUUAUUAUGGGUCUGACCGUAGCAAAGACCCAUCAGUUCUUUCAGAACAAGACAUCGUACUGACAACAUACAACAUCUUAGCUACCGAUUAUGGAAUCAGAGGUGACAGCACUUUACAUAAAGUCAAGUGGCUGAGAAUUGUGUUGGAUGAGGGGCACACUAUACGAAAUUCAAAUGCUCAGCAAACCAAAGCUGCUUUGAAUCUGGAGGGACACAGAAGAUGGGUACUUACAGGCACUCCUAUUCAGAAUUCUGUAAAAGAUUUGUGGUCUCUUAUUUCCUUCUUGAAACUGAAACCUUUUACUGAUCGAGAGUGGUGGCAUAGAACAAUUCAACGUCCAGUCACAAUGGGAGCUCCAGGAGGACUUGGGCGUUUACAGUCUCUGAUUAGGAGUAUUACCCUUAGAAGAACUAAAACAAGUAAAGUUGAAGGAAAACCCAUUUUGGAGUUACCGGAACGUAAAGUACUUAUUCAGCAUGUUACACUUACGGAGGAAGAGAGACGCGUCUAUGAGUCUGUGAAGAAGGAGGGCAAGGCUGCUAUUAGCAGAUUUUUCAGUGCAGGGACUGUACUGGCUCACUAUGCUGACAUCCUUGGUGUCCUGCUCAGAUUGAGGCAGCUUUGUUGUCAUCCUAAUCUUUGUAUAAAUACAUCUUCUUCCAGUUUUUCAGCUGGUAAUAAAACUCCUGAAGAACUGCAUGAGACUUUAGUGAGUAAAAUGAAGUUGGUUCUGAGCUCUGGUUCAGAUGAAGAAUGUGCAGUUUGCUUGGAAUCACUGACUCUUCCUGUGAUAACACGCUGUGCGCAUGUGUUUUGUAAGCUGUGUAUUUCUGAAGUCAUCAGAAGUGAACAGCCAAAUGCCAAAUGCCCUCUCUGUAGGAAUGAGCUUCGAGUAGAGCACUUGGUGGAAUGUCCCCUAGAAGAGGAAAUAGACUCCAGUAAUGGAAAGAAGUCUGAUCAGGAGUGGAUAUCCAGUUCAAAGAUAAAUGCUCUCAUGCAUGCUUUGAUAGAACUACGGAGGGCUAAUCCGACUGCUAAAUGUCUGGUUGUUUCCCAGUUCACAACUUUCCUGUCACUGAUAGAAAAUCCCUUGAAAGAAUCGGGGUUUGCCUUUACUCGUUUGGAUGGGUCAAUGGCACAGAAGCAAAGAGUAGAAGCAAUUCAGUGUUUCCAAAGUAGCCAAGCAGGAUCCCCAACUGUAAUGCUUUUGUCUCUGAAAGCAGGUGGAGUUGGAUUGAAUCUGACAGCAGCUUCCCGAGUAUUUUUAAUGGAUCCUGCCUGGAAUCCUGCUGCAGAAGACCAGUGUUUUGACAGGUGUCACAGGCUGGGUCAGAAGUAUAAUGUUGUUAUUACAAAGUUCAUUGUGAAAGAUUCAGUGGAAGAGAAUAUGCUGAAAAUUCAGAACAAGAAGAGGGAACUUGCAGCAGGAGCCUUUGCUUCCAAAAAGCCUUCAGGAAGUGAAGUAAAACAAAGAAAAAUUAAUGAAAUUAAGGCUCUAAUUGAUUUAUAG